AUGGCAUUCUGGGUGGACUGGGAGCUAUGGGAGAAGCUGAGCGUGGUACUAGCCAUGCUGAUCGGUCUGGUGCUCCUUUAUGCCUUUUGCGUCCUUGGCUGGAAUCGCUGGAUGACGAGCAAAUACGCCGCGGCAGAGGCGAAAGAACAAGAAGAGGAACCUGAAGUGUACCCGAUGCUGCACAAGGAUGACAUCCCGUUCGGCGCCAGAGCUUUGGAGAGAGGAAUAGAAGUUGAAGGAAUUUGGGUUUCAGAUCCCAACACACCCAUACAAAGCCCGUGCCAGCCCGCAACUCCAGUUGGAAGUCGGCCAGUCAGUCCAGCGCCAAGAUCACUGCAUAGAACCGUUGACACCCCCAGGCCCUCAAUGACAUCUCAAAGAUCCAUGAUCAGCCCACAGCCUAUCCCACCCGCUGCUCGACGUGCAGUCGUUUCUGAGCUCGAUCUAGCCUCCGCAGGCUUCACCUAUGAGAACCACAGACCCGGUGCACUUUAUAGUCGAGCCAGCCUGCCCACACCGAAUGUCAUUCGUAUGUCGCCUGCACGGGAGGAGUCACUGAUCGGUAUGAAUGACACAACUGGCGGAAAGCGUGCUAGCCUCCCUGCGGGAAUAUUCCGCACAACAUCUCAUCUCGACACGAAAGACUACCGAGUAGGAGGGGAUGGCGCUGAUGACGACAUGGACCAUGUCCCGGUCCUGAGUUCGUCCUCUUCUGGUCUUUCAUCGGAGACUAAGCGGAGUUCGCAAUCCCUUAAACGUCCUCGCCGGCGGUCAUCUGAAGAGUUCCGACGCAGGAUGAGCGCGAUCUUCAACGACAACAUCCAAAUGGGCCUGCCAUCCGAGCAACUGGAGUUCAAUCCGUCUCUACGCCGGUUCCGGAGGUCGUGGCUUCGUCCCUUUCGUCCGUCGCUCAGUCCUUCUAGAAAUCAAUAG